GUAUGUAACACAAUACCGACAGGGGACACAUUUGUGUGUAACACAAUACCGACAGGGGACACAUUUGGGUGUAACACAACACCGACAGGGGACACAUUUGGGUGUAACACAACACCGACAGGGGACACAUUUGGGUGUAGCACAACACCGACAUGGGGACACAUUUGGGUGUAACACAACACCGACAGGGGGACACAUUUGGGUGUAACACAACACUGACAGGGGACACAUUUGGGUGUAACACAACACCGACAGGGGACACAUUUGGGUGUAACACAACACGUUGUAAACACUCUCCUCUCUCCCUUCUUCACAGACAGACAAUUUUCCCGCUGAGCCCAAUUACAUGGGCAGCAGGCAGCAGUUUGUUCAAAGCAGCUCGACAUUCAAGGACCCAGAGCGAGCCAGCCUUAGAGACAGUGGUCAUGGCGAUAGUGAUCAGGCCGAUAGCGACCAGGACACUAAUAAAGGCUCCUGCUGCGACAUGUCGGCCAAGGAGGCUCUGAAGAUGAAGGCUACGGGUGUUAAACCACCUCCUCUGGAACAGGGUGAGUCCUUGUUACCUAGUUACUCUUCACCGUCAGACUUGAUCACCUCCUUCUAUUAUGAAGUCAGCCUUGUCUGAGUCUGGAACGAUCGGCUGUUUCUGUAGAGUUAGCUAGCUAGAUGUACAAGUCAACUCCCUGGACAGGACGCUAGUCUAUAUCCUGUUUAUGUAGAGUUAGCUAGCUAGAUGUACAAGUAACCUCCCUGGACAGGAUGCUAGUCUAUAUCCUGUUUCUGUAGUGUUAGCUAGAUGUACAAGUCAACUCCCUGGACAGGACGCUAGUCUAUAUCCUGUUUCUGUAGUGUUAGCUAGAUGUACAAGUCAACUCCCUGGACAGGACGCUAGUCUAUCUCCUGUUUCUGCAGUGUUAGCUAGAUGUACAAGUCAACUCCCUGGACAGGACGCUAGUCUAUAUCCUGUUUCUGUAGUGUUAGCUAGCUAGAUGUACAAGUCAACUCCCUGGACAGG